AUGGAGAACAUUGUGUCCAAGAUGGCAGCGCAAACAGUGGUGAUGCAGGUCGCAAAUUUGCCAGAGAGGAUUCAGCAAAGUCAGGCCAAGAACCGCGACAAGCUUGGUGUGUGCCAGACUACACUGGAUGAAGACGCAGCCGAGCUGAUAUUGUCCAUGUUAAACGAGGAUUGGAGCCAGAGUUUGAGUGAUUUGGGUCACCUGACGCAUUGGUGUCAGGCAGGCUGUUGCCGCAGCGAGCGGCAUGCCAAAUCCAAAAUGAAACAGGCGCUUCAGAUGCUGCUCCUCGAUGCUUUCGAGACUCCACUACUCUACAGGUGGAAGCACGUAGAACCUGCGUCGGAGUUUACUUUGCGAGGUUUGCUCGUGCACCGAGUGCUUGAGCACGCGUGGCGGUCUUCCUUGAAGGAGCACGCAGAUGAUGCAGUUGUGGACCAAGACGUUGCAGACCUAGACGAGGACAACGCCGACUUGUCACCGGCCGAAAAGCAAAAAGUUCGGGCAACCAAAGUGCUUCAGCUUCUGUCCACGCCAGAUUCCAUCGCAUCUUUCUCCAAGGCUGCGCUCCUGGUGAAGCCUCUUUGCCACUAUAUGGAUGAGGUCUCGCUGAUCGAGACUGUGCGCUUACGAAUGCGUUUGUGCCGGCUGGGGCUAAAGCUGUCUGCAAACAGCAAGUGCACCCUCAAGCAUGAAGACCUGAUCCGGAUGAACGAGGCUGUUGUCACAGGCCAACGAGGUUUAGGUGUCUGUGGGGACAUCAUGGCGCUGCUACGCGCGGAUCCGCAAGGGCCUGAGUGGAACGGAGCACUGGAGAUGGAUUACGCGGAGAGCGCUCCACUGCUGCUGGCGUGCCUUUGCGAUACCUGGCGGCGACUCCACUUGACAUACGCGGGCUUGCCUUGGCAAUUGUUUCGCCUGGUUGCAAUGGAUAUCCCUCGAGCGGUGGACUUUCUGCAGGAGCUGCGUAGCACUGCUGGAGCGUGCUCAUGCUGCGGGGACAAGCUCUUUUUUGGAGCUGCUCGGCAUCAUCAGUUGGCGUAUCUCAGACGUAGACUGACCGCAGUGUGCAGGUGA